AUCCGGUUUCUCCGGGCGCUCACAGAGCUGACCGAGAGGGCCACCGCCCAACAGUAGACGCUGUCUCGGCCAUUCGAAUCGCAGUCUCCGUGGUGUGUGAGUGAGCCCGGGCCCGGUCCCCUCUCCCGCCGCCGCCAUGGGCUGCACGUUGAGCGCCGAAGACAAGGCGGCGGUGGAGCGGAGCAAGAUGAUCGACCGCAACUUGCGGGAGGACGGGGAGAAAGCGGCCAAAGAAGUGAAGCUGCUGCUACUCGGUGCUGGAGAAUCUGGUAAAAGCACCAUUGUGAAACAGAUGAAAAUCAUUCAUGAGGAUGGCUAUUCAGAGGAAGAGUGUAAACAAUAUAAAGUAGUGGUCUACAGCAAUACUAUACAGUCCAUUAUUGCUAUCAUAAGAGCCAUGGGACGGCUAAAGAUCGACUUUGGGGAAGCUGCCAGAGCUGAUGACGCCCGGCAAUUAUUUGUUUUAGCUGGCAGUGCUGAAGAAGGGGUCAUGACUGCAGAACUAGCAGGAGUGAUUAAACGGUUGUGGCGAGAUGGCGGGGUGCAGGCCUGCUUCUGCAGAUCCAGGGAAUAUCAGCUCAAUGAUUCCGCUUCAUAUUAUCUAAAUGAUUUGGAUAGAAUAUCCCAAACCAACUACAUUCCAACUCAGCAAGAUGUGCUGCGGACCAGAGUGAAGACCACAGGCAUUGUGGAAACACAUUUCACCUUCAAAGACCUGUACUUCAAGAUGUUUGAUGUAGGUGGCCAAAGAUCAGAACGAAAAAAGUGGAUUCACUGUUUUGAGGGAGUGACAGCAAUUAUCUUCUGUGUGGCCCUCAGCGAUUAUGACCUUGUUCUGGCUGAGGACGAGGAGAUGAACCGAAUGCAUGAAAGCAUGAAACUGUUUGACAGCAUUUGUAACAACAAAUGGUUUACAGACACUUCAAUCAUUCUCUUCCUCAAUAAGAAAGACCUUUUUGAGGAAAAAAUAAAGAGAAGUCCAUUAACUAUCUGUUACCCAGAAUACACGGGUUCCAAUACAUACGAAGAAGCAGCUGCUUACAUUCAGUGCCAGUUUGAAGAUCUGAACAGAAGAAAAGAUACCAAGGAGAUCUACACCCACUUCACCUGUGCCACAGACACCAAGAAUGUGCAGUUUGUUUUUGAUGCUGUUACAGAUGUCAUCAUUAAAAACAACUUAAAGGAAUGUGGACUCUAUUGAAGAGCAUGGAUGUCGAUAAAAGUUGUGACAGUGUGGAGUGUUGAGACCAGACUUCUCUUGCUGUCUCAGUGGGCAGCUGCAAGCAUGAACGGGACCAGGGAAUGGCAGCAGCAUGCAGAAUCUUAGCACUCUUUAGCACAAUAUUCUGUAUUAGGGAAUUCUUAAUUGACACGAGAUGCUAAAGUCAGACAUUGGAAUUGGAACAAUUGUAUGAUUCGCUCGUCAAGACAUCGCUUUGAUUUCAUAAUUGCACAUGUUUAGGGCAGAUGUGAAAUUGAGGUGCUGCAUUCCAGAAUUUCAGUAUGUAGCUUAACUCUUUAUUUUUUUUCCUUCUUAACAGACCACCAGUAAUUCAUUUUUAAAGUUUUUUUUUCAUCAAGAAUAACUUUACAAAAUUUUAUUUCUUUGUUUGCAAAAGAAUCUUUAUUAAAACACACAGUCUUAACUAUGCACAUGAUAUGACCGGAUCAUCUUGAAAAUAUUCCUCUUAGUAGGAACUCUUCGUUUUUAACUCUUGGUAUGGUCAGAAUGUUAUAUUUCCAUAAUUACUUAAUUCUUCAUAGUUAUUGGGGCUAUAAUUAUGGCUUUUUUGGAUGAAAUUUAUGUUACUAUCCUGUCAAAAGUACCAUUAUGGUUUCUAGAUGGUAUUACAUUGGAGAGUUCUGUAAUAAGAUUCUAGCUCUCUUUUUUUUUUAAGCUUAGGGUUGAAAGUUAACUUGAUUUAAGUUGAUUACUAGAUAAAUGCUUCUGUAGUAUGAUAAAGUCAGCUUCUUGGAUACAGACACACCCAGGGCAUCUGCCACUCAGAAAUGUAAAUUGCUAAAUUUCAAAGAGAACCAGUGACUUUGCUGCUACAUAUCUACUAAUUGACCGCUUUGAUUCUUGCUCGUUUGUCUCAGUUGUAGGGAGUUUUAUAAAAGAUGCCCCUCGUUUUUCAUCUUCCAUGACCUUUUCUGUUGGAAGCAUCUAAAGCGCAUGCUUUUACUUUGUAAAUGUGGUGCCAAAUCGCUGUUUGCCAUUGUUUUUAUUGUAGCAAUGUUAAUUGUAGUAACCCUUAGUACCUUCUUUUGCCGAAACUGUUGCAUUUUGGGACCUUUUCCAGUUUGUCGUGUGUACAGAUUUAAAUCUGUUAUAGUUGGCAGCAGUUAUUAAAAUGGUGAGUAAAGAGUCCA